GACGCCGUCCCCGAGGCGCUCGAUGCCGAAGCCGAAGCGCGCCUCAAGCGGCUCGAGUUCCUGCUCAAGCGUUCCUCGCUCUACGCCGAGAUGCUCCGCGAGCGCAUGGACGAGGCCGACGCCCAAGCGCGCGCCGCCGCCGCGGCCCACGAGCCCCCUUCCGCCUCCGCCGCCGGCGGGAAGAACCCCACCAAGUCGAAGAAGAGCUGGGGCCCGAAGAGCGCCCGGGUCGACGAAGAGGAGAAGGAAGCGAGCGCGACCGUCGACGUGGACGCCGCGCGCCGGCAGCUGGAGCAGCCCGCGCUCGUGACGGGCGCGAAGAUGAAGGACUACCAGCUCCAAGGGCUCGCGUGGAUGAAGUCCCUGUACGAGAACGGGAUCUCCGGAAUCCUCGCGGACGAGAUGGGUCUGGGCAAGACGCUGCAGACGAUCGCGUUCGCCGCAUUCCUGCGAGAACACAUGGUCGCGCCGUUCCUGGUCGUCUGCCCGCUCAGCGUGCUGCAUAACUGGGGCGAAGAGUUCAAAAAGUUUGCGCCCGACAUCCCGGUUUGCCUCUACCACGGCACCCCGGCCGAACGCGCCGAGCUGCGUCGGACGGCCAUGAGCCUCAGCCUGCUCGAAGGGCGCAACCCCACCGUCCAACGAAAGGCCGCCACGAAGCCCAAGGCGAAGAGGGCGAAGAGGGCUGUCGCCACGGUCAACAAGCAGAAGGCCCGGGCCGCAACAAGACCGGCAGCACCCUCUGGAUCGAGGUCCAGCGGAAGACUGCGAGGGAAGGCGAGAAAGACGUAUGCCGAGAGCGAUGAUGACGAAAGCGAGGACGAUGGCAAAGGAGACGGUGACGGAGAAGGAGGCGACGAGGAUCCCGAAGUCGAAGAUCCAGCACCCGAGCCGGAGCCAGAGUCAGAGCCGAAAGAGGCAAAGGCGUUAAAGCAGGAAGCGGACGAAGACCCGCUGGCGCCCGCACGCCGAAACAGGUUCCCGGUCGUGGUCACGACGUACGAGAUGAUCAUCAAGGACCGCCAGCACCUGGCGCACUACCGAUGGGGGUACAUCGUCGUCGACGAAGGUCACCGCCUCAAGAACUUCGAUUCAAAGCUCAUGCAGGAAAUCAAAAAGUACGAGUCGGCCGGGAGGAUGAUCCUGACCGGCACUCCUCUGCACAACAACCUGAGCGAACUGUGGAGUCUGCUCAACUUCAUCUUGCCCGACAUCUUCGGCGACCUCGACUCCUUCCAGCAGUGGUUCAACCUACCGACGCUGCAAUCGACCCUCCCCACCGAACGCUCCUCGGGCAUCAUCAACUCCCUGCACGCCAUCCUCAAGCCCUUCCUCCUCCGCCGCGUCAAGGCCGACGUCAUGUCCGACCUUCCGCCCAAGAAAGAGUACGUCCUCUACGCGCCGCUCACCGAGCAGCAGCGCAGCCUCUACGACGCCGUCGUCGGCGGCGGCCUGCGCGCCCUUCUGCUCAAGAACCAGCAGAAGGGCGGCGGCGGUGCGGCGGUGGAGAAGAUCAAGGCGGAUCUGGACGUGGACGCGCCGAGGAAGAUGCGAAGCGGCAAGAGGAAGAAGUACGACCUCGAUAGCGAGGACGACGACGAGUAUUUCGAGCGACUGGAGAAGGGCGGACCCAGCCCGAAGAAGAAGGCGCGGACGCCCGAACCGAAGGACGCCCAGGAGCUGGGGAAAGAGUGGGCGUUGAAGGCCGCACUGAAGCAGGUGAACAACAUGAAGCUCCAGAACACCAUCAUGCAGCUCCGCAAGGUGUGCUCGCACCCGUUUCUCUUCCAUUGGCCGACGGACCCUCGGACACACGCGCCCGUGAUGAACGAGGACCUCGUCGACGCGAGCGGCAAGAUGAUGGUCCUCGAGCGCCUGCUCGACGAGCUCUUCCGCCGCAAACACAAAGUGCUCAUCUUCUCCCAAUUCACCACCAUGCUCGACAUCAUCGAGGACUGGGCGAGGGAGCUGAAGGGCUGGGAACUGUGCCGGAUCGACGGCUCGACGGCACCCGCGGAACGACGCGAAGAGAUGAACCGCUUCCAAAACGGCGGCGACGAUCCCGACGCGCCCAAGCUCUUCCUCCUCAGCACGCGCUCGGGCGGGCUGGGCAUCAACCUCACCGCCGCCGACACCGUCAUCUUCUACGACCAGGACUGGAACCCGCAGAUGGAUCUGCAGGCGCAAGACCGCGCGCACCGCAUCGGGCAGACGAAGCCCGUCCUCGUCUUCCGUCUCGUCUCCAAACACACCGUCGAGACGAAGAUCAUGCAGCGCGCCGCCGAGAAGCGGCAGCUCGAGGCGCUCGUCAUCGCCAAAGGCAAGUUCAAGAUGCCGGCGGCGACGACGACGGCGGCGGCGAAAUCCAAGCCGGAGACGAUCGCGGAGAUGGCCGCGGCGCUGCUCAAGCUCGAAGGGGAGCGGAUCGAGGUCGUGCCGAGCACGGCGGCGGGCAAGGCGAGCGUGAUCAGCGACGAGGACAUGGAGAUGCUGCUCGACCGCCGGCCGGAGGUGUUCGCCGACCGCGGCCAGGGCUGGAACUCGGAGGAGAAGACGUCGAGCGCGCGUGGUCAGCGGAAGGAGAAGGGCGGGGAACGGCAGCGGGCGGCGUUCGCGGUGUACGAGGCGCCGGUGGACGAGGGGAACGACGUGCUGGCGAAGAUGUUGGGGGAGGAGACGGAAUAAUCAAACCCCACGCGUAUACGUAAAGAUAAAUACCUCUUCUGGCUUCGCUCUCGUUUGGUUUCUCGCAUUAUACCAUAGACUCGAGGCUGUUCGUCAUUUAGAUCGCAUGCAUAUAGUCGCUGUAUAUUCCCUGUAUC